AGCAAAUCAACCUAUCAAGCUCGGGCAAGAAUUCUAUCACAGGGAAAGACCGCUUUACUGGACGCCACCGGGAGUCGAGUAUUGGCGAGUGACUCAGGUGCUGUCAAUGCCAUCUGUUCUGCAUCUGUAUUCGCGGAAUGUAGAGCAUCCGUGACAUUGAAAUUUGACAGGGAAAAUAGGACCAGGCGUUUUCAGAACAAACGCCGAAGACCUAAAACAAGAGGCAAUUCAAAAGAAAUUCAAAUGCUGUGUGACAACCACAACGACCUUUAAGUUUCUGUAGCAUGUUAGUACAUUCCGAUUUUUUGCUGUGGAGCAACCUCCGUUCUACGAAUACAUAGAGCUCGCCAGACCCUAUAAUGCUUUGGUCCGCCCUCUUCUUACUCUCACUCCUGCCAGGUCUGUCGCAUGGUAUCCUUCUCGAGAAGUUUCAAGACCUCAAGCGGAACAAGUUCGACUUCGUUGUCAUUGGUGGGGGAAAUGCAGGAAACACGGUUGCGAAUCGCCUGACGGAGAAUCCGGACUAUCAUGUUCUUGUGCUGGAAGCUGGUGGAUCAAAUGAAAACGUCUUAUUGUCCAUGGUUCCAAAAUUCUGCGUCGAGACAAUUGGAAGUGCAAUAGACUGGAACUACACUGCUCAAGGUGGUCCAGUUUUGAAUAGGGAUAUGGACUACCCCAGAGGUUUCAUCCUCGGCGGAAGCAGCUCAGUCAAUUGCAUGAUAUACACCCGUGGAACAAGAGAAGACUGGGACCGAUAUGCCAACGUAACCGGUGAUUCUGGGUGGUCCUGGGACAACAUUCAACCAUACGUACGAAAGAACGAACGUUUCACUCCUCCAUUUGAUGGACACAACACAACUGGGGAGUUCGACCCAUCAGUUCAUAGUUUCGAUGGAAUGAACUCUGUUACUCUUUCUGGGCUUCGCCAUCAGCUAGAUACACAGGUCAUCCAAGCUAGCAAGGCAGUGGGAAACGAUUCGGAUUUCCGAUUUGUUCUCGACAUGAACUCUGGCAACCAUCUUGGAAUCGGCUUCGGGCAAUCAACUGUACUCAAUGGAACCAGGAGCAGCUCUGCCACAUCAUAUCUAGGACCCCAAUACAUCAACCGCCCCAAUCUUCAUGUUCUGUUGCAUGCCCAUGUUACGCGUAUCUUGUCGACAGGAACAGCAAAGAAUGACCUCACCUUUCAGGGCGUCGAACUGUCUCAAGAUUCUGGAGCAACGGUCCAUACAGUCAGUGCAACAAAGGAGGUCGUACUGUCCGCCGGCUCCAUCGCAACGCCUCAGAUUCUUAUGAACUCGGGCAUAGGGGAUCGCAAAACAUUGACGAAUUUGGGUAUUCAAACGGUGCACCACUUACCAUCUGUCGGUCAAAAUCUGACUGAACAACCUCUCCUUUCGUACAACUGGGUGGUCACCGCCAAUGAUACCGAUUCGGAGGCUGCAAGAAACGCCACUCUUGCUGCAGAACAAUUAAAGCAGUGGAAUGACACGAGAUCAGGUCCUCUAGCUAAUGCUCCUGGAUUGGACUUAGGGUGGUUCCGAUUACCAGCGAACGCGUCGAUCUUUGAGGAAUUUGAGGACCCUUCUCCUGGACCUAAUACUGCACACAUUGAGAUUCAGUUUGUGAAUGGAGGCUUUUCUCUAGAGACCCCUCUGCCAAACUUGAUAGGCGCAAAUCCUGCCCUCCUUUGCCCCACUUCUCGUAUGUCGCAUAGCUUCUCUUCGUGACUUAAUUUUCUACUAUGAUAACACUCACAGGUGGCUUCGUCGCCCUUAACACGUCGAACCCAUUUGACCACCCCAUCAUCAAUCUGAACCUAUUCGGUUCAGAAUUUGAUCUCUUCGCGAUGCGUGAAGGCAUCCGAAACAUCCGUCGAUUCAUGACAUCCCCAUCAUUCGAUGGGUUUAUCGUCUCUGGUGGUAUCAAUGGGACGACUGACGAGGAGUUGGAUAAACUCAUCAUAGCCAACGUUGGGUCUGCAGCUCACCCGACAGGGACUGCUAUGAUGACGUCCCGAGAUGCUGACUGGGGCGUCGUGGAUCCGGAUUUGAAAGUGAAAGGUGUUCGAGGACUUAGAGUCGUGGAUGCUUCCGUUCUGCCAUUUAACCCAACAGCACAUACCCAAGUGCCUGUGUACAUCGUCGCUGAACGGGCAGCGGACUUGAUCAAAGCUACGUGGGAUUAAAAUCGCAGAGUCACGGUAUCUUUCAUCUGUGUUUCAUUUUAAUGGCAAUGAAUCUAGUUCUGUGAUAUAAGCAAUGUUCGACGCUGGCUCGGGCCC